CAAAAUACCGGUCAGUCUGGAGGCGUGAAAGGUUUGGAUCUGAAUGUUCUAGCAGCGUGGGAGAUGGGGUACUCUGGAGUUGGAAUAACUACGGGGAUAAUGGACGAUGGAAUUGAUUACCUACACGAGGACCUCAAAUAUAAUUAUAAUGCCGACGCCAGCUAUGACUUUAGCAGCAACGACCCAUACCCAUACCCAAGAUACACAGACUCUUGGUUCAACAGCCAUGGUACCAGAUGUGCCGGGGAAGUUUCAGCAGCUAGGGACAAUGGAAUCUGUGGUGUCGGAGUGGCUUUUGGAUCCAAAGUUGCAGGUCUUCGUAUGCUGGACCAGCCCUUCAUGACAGAUCUCAUCGAGGCCAACGCUAUGGGUCACAUGCCUAACGUUAUCGAUAUUUACAGCGCCUCCUGGGGUCCAACAGACGACGGGAAGACAGUCGACGGACCCCGAAACCUCACCAUGAGGGCUAUUGUCAAUGGAGUUAACAAUUUUACUUUGACUUCCAGCUCAUGGGAAGUUGAUAUUACCUCAUACGCCAAUGGUAGGGAAAAAC